UUUACAGCCCUGGGUGUCACCCCUGCGCACCCCUCUCCUUCCUGUAUCUGUGGCACUCAUGGGAUACAGCACCCAAGUGUGGCCCUGGGUCCUACACGUGCCCAGGAGUGUGACGUGUCCUCAUCUGUCCCUCAUCUGCUUGAUCCCAGGGGCUGGUGCCCAGCGCAUUAACUGUCCCAGCACGAGGUGCACUGGCCUCAUCUUACAAAUAGGGAAAGCAAAGCCUGGAGUGGCUGAGCAAUGUUCCUGGCACUGGGAACAGCUGCGGGCUCUGUCUGCCGGCCCUGCUGCCUGUGUGCAUGCGGUAAGGAGACCAGGUUCUGGAUGCUCUGGACCUGAGGUCAUCCUCCAAAGCAGCAUGGAGCCACAGUGAGCAUCCUGACUGCCCAGUGUGGGCGGCAUGGACUCAGGAACCACAGGGCUACCACAUACCCUGGCACCGCUCCAUCCAGGGGCUGGACUGGCUACACAAGCCCUGCAUGCCCCAGGUCCCUGUGCCCAGUACGAGGGUCCCAGGCAGCCAGAUGAGGAUGGGGCAUGGGUUGCUUUAAGAGCAUGGAGGAGGUGAGCCAGGGGCACCAGAAAGCAGCAGGGUGAGCUCAUGGCAAAGCUGCCCCAGUCAUGUGGAGAAGGCACAGCUGUUGGUGCCCUUGGGCAGUGGGACGGAGGGGCUGGGGACAUAAAGCCCCACCGCCAGCGUUGCUGCUGGGGCCAGGAACUCUGUUCCUGCAGUGAGGAGGAGAGGCUGUGUCUUGCGAGGGCACCCCAGUGGGGCUGAACACCAGGCAGACAUGGAACUGGAUGGGGAAAAAGGCAAGGAGCUGGAGGUGGAACAGAUCACGGAGCUGGAUGUGGAAAAAGCAAAGGAGCUCAUUGACCAGAAGCUGGCAGAGGAGGAAGAGGAAGAGAAGAGGCUGAAAGGUGAUGGCCCACGGGAGCCACUGCCCGUGGAGCGGAUGAGCACACCAGAGCUGGAGGAGGAGAAACGCCAAGGGCCCCGGAACCGCGGCAUUGAGGCCAUCAAGGGCCAGGAGAGGGGGCGGAGGAGCUCGGUGGACCUGCGGCGGGAGAUCAUUGAUGUGGGGAGCAUUCAGCGGCUCAUCGAGCUUCGCAAGCAGCGCCGCAAGCGCCGAGAGGAGCGGGCAGCCACCCCAGAGCCCACCCCACCACCAGAGCCCGAGGAGAUUGAGGGUCCCGUGGAGCCGGAGGACUUCCUGCGAGCUGCCGUGCAGGGCAAGAUCCGUGUCAUUGAGAAGUUUCUGGCGGAUGGUGGCCCCCCAGACACGUGUGAUGAGUUCCACCGUACAGCCUUGCACCGCUCCUCGUUGGAGGGACACAUGGACAUCCUGCAGAAGUUGCUAGACAAUGGAGCCACCGUCGACUUCAGGGACCGGCUGGACAGCACUGCUGUGCACUGGGCCUGCCGGGGGGGACACCUGGAAGCCGUGAAAUUGCUGCAGGACCGAGGGGCAGACCUCAACAUGAAGGACAAGCUGCUCAGCACCCCUCUCCACGUGGCCACCCGCACUGGGCACCUGGAUAUAGUGGAGCACCUCAUCCACUGCGGGGUGGACAUCAACUCCCCAGAUAGGGAAGGUGACACAGCGCUGCACGAUGCCACACGGCUCAGCCGCUACAAGAUCAUUAAAAUGCUGAUCCUGCACGGGGCUGACAUGAUGGCCAGGAACCUGGCUGGUAAGACUCCGACGGACCUGGUGCAGCAGUGGCAGGUAGACACACGCCAGGCACUGGAGACCAAGGAACAGCCACAGGAGGAGGCUGAGGUCCCAGCGUGAUGGCACUGGGCAGGGACCAGCACUGGGCUUGGCUUCAAGUAGCAAGAUCCUGUUGAGACUCAUCUGUGUCAAUAAAACCAGCAAAGAGGA